GGGAGAGAGACACCGAAGGGGAGGGAGGAGGAACUUGAAGGAAAAAAGUUAAAAUAAAAAUGGCUUCCUUGUCUUUGGAGUCCACAGAACAAACUGAAAACGGCCCAAAGGAGAGCGCGCAAAAUGAAGCCAAAGUGAAAGAGGAGACGGACCCGGACGAAGUUUCGGAACAACUGUUGCAGAGCUUCCAGAACUCGGCGCUCAGUUUUUCCACCGAUCAAGUCGCGUGUCUGUGCGAAGCGCUCCUGCAAGCGGGCAAUGUGGAUCGCCUGUGGAGAUUUCUCGCCACCAUCCCUCCUUCGGCCGACCUGCUACGUGGCAACGAGACCCUGCUGAAGGCCCAGGCUCUGGUCGCUUUCCACCGGGACGAAUUCAAAGAGUUGUACGCCAUCCUGGACAGUCAUGACUUUCACCCGAGUAACCAUGGGUUCCUGCAAGACCUCUACUUGAAGGCGCGAUACAAGGAGGCUGAGAGGUCCCGGGGUCGCAGUUUGGGCGCCGUGGAUAAAUAUCGGCUGCGCAAAAAGUUUCCUUUGCCCAAAACCAUUUGGGACGGAGAGGAGACGGUGUACUGCUUCAAAGAGAAGUCGCGCAACGCUCUGAAGGAAUGUUACAAGAUCAACAGGUAUCCCACUCCGGCCGAGAAGAAGAAUUUGGCCAAAGUUACCGGACUUUCUUUGACUCAAGUGAGCAACUGGUUUAAGAAUCGCCGACAGAGGGACCGGACCCCGUCCGGUACCAACAGCAAAAGUGAAUCUGAUGGGAACCACAGCACAGAAGAUGAAGCCAGCAAGGGUGAUCUGGAGGAUAUUACUGACAAACCUGCUGCUCAAGAGACGGGCAGCUCCAAUGCUUCCCUCAUAUCUGUCCCUGGUGCUCCUUGUGGUACUGGUCAACUUGUUCUCAACAGCCCUGGGGGAUUCCUUACAAGCCCUCAUCCACUGCUGCUCAAUGGGAGCCCUAUUCUCUCAGGGGCAGGAACUGGGGUCAUCAUUAAUGGGUUGACACUGAGCGAUGGCCACACAGUCACACUCAGUCCUGUUACAGCUAAUGCGCCAUUGCUACUUAAUGGGGCUCAAGUAAUCUCCAAAGAUGAACGGGGCAUUAGUGAUUUGGAGGCCCAAGGCAGCCUGACUACUGUGGUUCUAAAUCCACAAGCCAGUCUAACCAGCACAAUACCUCUAUCUCUUAGCGAGGACACAAAAUCAACCAGUAGCAAUGUUUCUCCACUGGAUUUCAUCAGUCUUCCAGAGGCCUUAAAGAAUACAGAUAAUACUCACCCAGUGCCUGCAAACUCUAUCUCCUUGCCUACCAUCUCCACUUCUGUCAUCUCUUCUACAUCUCUUUCUUCAGGAAUUCUGGCCCCAAAUAGUAUAUCUGCAUCGAUACCUGGCUCUGUGAGUUCAGUCAUCUCAAGUCCUGUAGUUCCACUACAGCCCACACAGCCACCGGAAAUUGUUGUAUUAGGAAAGGCUGAACCUCUGUCGUCAACUUGCAGCUCUUUUUCUAGCCCACAGGUGCUGUCUUUACCCCAGGUGGUACCAUCAAUACAGGGUGUUCCAGUAUCUCAAUUGAUGCAGCCUCCAUCUGGGACCACUGUAUCAUCCCGCCCUCAGCUUGUUCCAGUCUCCCCAGUCAACCCCCAGUUAUCCCAAGUCUCCAUUCCCCAGUUUCCGACACAGACUUUUCACAUGGGUCCAAGACUUGCUCAAGCACAGCCUCAGAAUGGCUCAGUUACAUUAAACACCAGCAGUGCUUUAACACUCCCACAGAUUGCUGAUGGACAAGUUACACAAGUACUAACACCUCAGCUAGGAAACGAAUCUACUUUAGCCUCUCUUCCACAGAUACAGACCUCUUUAGGGACACAAGUCAUACCCAUCUCUUCCCCAACUCAAGUUGUACCCAUAUCUCAAACCAAAGACUCAAGCCAAAUGGUCCCCCUGUCACUGCCUCAACUUAUGCCCGUAUCAUCCAUUACGGGAACAACUGGAACCUUCUCCUUUCCUCAGGUGGUCCCAGCAACUCCAUCUCUAUCCAUUCCGUCCCAUGGAGGUGCUUUCCAGAUUCUAACAUCUGGAGCUGGAACAGGUUUAAGUGUUGCCCAGGGACCAAUACGCUUGAGCCCGAUAGGGCCUCCUCAGAGUGUCCCUACCGGAACCAUUCCAGGUGUUCAACUUCUCAACUCUGGAGUGAUUAAGCUUCCAACUGCCUCUCCAGGCAAUAUCCUGUUAGCGGGUGGCAUCGGGAGCAGCCCCAUCCUAAGUGUUCAAAACGGCAAACUUAUACUCACUAUCCCAGCUGGCAUUCAGUUUGCCAGCAUGCCUGUCAAGUCCGUCCCAGACAAUUCAGUCUCAAGCAACAGUAACCUUGAUUCACAAAUCUCUACUGUACAUUCACUUGAGAAUCAACCAGCACCUCCACUUAUUGCUCAAACCUCCAAUUCACUACAAU